GUUAGUGAGUGACAGAGAUGGAAGUGAAGCUGCAGCUCAGCGUCUUUGUGCUGCUCAUACAGGUUUCGCUUGCGGUGUGGCAGCGUGUGACUGUGAAAAAAGGUCAGACGCUCAACUUAAGCUGCCCAGUUACUAAUGCUCACAAAAGCAGCGUGGACUGGAAGAACCCUGAAGGAUUUGUUAUGUUCUUUAAUCGAGAACGAGCUUUAAAGGACAAGCGCUACAGCAUCAACAAACUGUCUGAGUCAGAGUUCACCAUCAGUAUUUCCAAUGUGACUUUCAAAGACGGAGGCAACUACACAUGCUCUCACUACGACGACCACACGACUGAGAGGAAAGUGGAGGUGACAGUGUUAGGUCAUCCCAAAAUAAAAGUAGCAAAGCAUGAAGGGAACUUUGUGAUAAAAUGCACUGCGGAGGGGAACCACCAUCCUCCCCAGAUCUCCUGGAAAUUUGAUCAUGGACCUGAAAUUGUUGGUCAUGCCCAGGUCCUACAUGAAGGUAAAAAAUAUGUGUCAACAGAUAUGUUGCAAGUUCACUCAGUGGAGAACAGAGUCACGGUGAAAUGCCUUGUUCGCCAUCCAGCUCUGCACACACGUCCUCUGAUGAACUUUGUCAAAAUUGGACGAGGAUCAGCAACCUCCUUCCCAACCACCACCAGUUCACCCAUAACCCGGCUUAAAGGGUCAACAGACGUGCUGAGAACAAUGACUGGCAGGUUCACAGCAGGGAGAACAACAGUGUUCCCAUCAACCAGAGAUGUGAAUGAGCCUUCAACAGAGAGCUCAGUGAAGUUAUCAACUGUUCACUCCAAUGAACCAAAAUCGGCCACAGCUCCUUCUGACCGUCCUCUUUUCACUGGAUUGCCUUCAGGCUCACCUCUCAGCACGCACGAUGUCUCGAAAACUGCUGUAAUGUCAGGCUCAACCAGGAGGAGGAAUGACACCAACAGUAAUGCAACAACCACACCAGGCUGGACAUCUGUCUCUGAGACCACAGACGAGGUCACAUCCUACAACCAGACAGAGAGAAACACAACAGAGAGCUUCAAUGACUCAAAGAAGCAAAUAGGAACUGAAGGAAGUUCAUCGCUACUGGUCUUCCUGGUGACGUGCCUAAUCGCCGCUCUGCUGGUGGUCGUCAUUUUUUUCAGCAUCAAGCUACGGAGAGCGCAUGUCAUGUGGAAGAGAGAGAAUGAAGAGUCAGAUCCAUCAGAGGAGAGCAGUAAAUCAAAGUCAAGCCAGGAAGAGAGAAACCCCCAGGGUCAAAGGCGAAGAGGGGUUCUCAACACAGCAUUCACACAGUAUGUCGUCGAAACACCAGCAGCGAUAACCUCGGUGAUAAACACAGCAGCGAUGGCAGCACCAGAGACUGUAGAUAAAGACCAAGAUUCUCAACCUCAAACCCAGAAACAAACUUCAGCCAAAAAUGCCAAACGACUGAUUGGGCGCAGGUUUGACGAUGGAGUUGUGCAGUCAGACAUGAAGCACUGGCCAUUUAAUGUCAUCAAUGACAACACUCGCCCCAAAGUUCAAGUUGAGUACAAAGGCGAGUCAAAGUCCUUCUACCCAGAGGAGAUCUCGUCUAUGGUGCUGACAAAGAUGAAGGAGAUCGCCGAAGCCUACCUCGGAAAAACUGUCAACAAUGCUGUAAUCACAGUACCCGCCUACUUCAAUGACUCCCAGCGCCAGGCCACAAAGGAUGCUGGCACGAUCUCUGGCCUCAAUGUUCUGCGUAUCAUCAAUGAACCAACCGCUGCUGCCAUUGCAUAUGGGUUGGACAAGAAGGUUGGGUCUGAGAGGAACGUCCUCAUCUUUGAUCUUGGUGGCGGCACCUUUGAUGUGUCCAUCUUGACCAUCGAGGAUGGCAUCUUUGAGGUAAAGUCCACAGCUGGAGACACACAUCUUGGUGGGGAAGACUUUGACAACCGCAUGGUCAACCAUUUCAUCGCCGAGUUCAAGCGCAAGUACAAGAAGGACAUCAGCGAUAACAAAAGAGCCGUCCGUCGUCUGCGCACCGCUUGUGAGAGGGCAAAGCGCACCCUGUCUUCCAGCACCCAGGCCAGCAUUGAAAUCGACUCUCUGUACGAGGGAGUCGACUUCUACACCUCAAUCACCAGAGCUCGCUUUGAGGAGCUCAACGCUGACCUCUUCCGCGGCACCUUGGACCCUGUGGAGAAGUCUCUCCGUGAUGCCAAGAUGGACAAAGGGCAAAUUCAUGACAUCGUGUUGGUGGGUGGCUCAACUCGUAUCCCCAAGAUCCAGAAGCUGCUCCAGGACUUCUUCAAUGGAAAGGAGCUCAACAAGAGCAUCAAUCCAGAUGAAGCUGUGGCCUACGGAGCUGCUGUCCAGGCUGCCAUCCUGUGUGGUGACAAGUCUGAGAAUGUCCAGGACUUGCUGCUUCUGGAUGUCACCCCUCUGUCUCUGGGUAUUGAGACCGCUGGAGGUGUCAUGACUGUCCUGAUCAAACGAAACACCACCAUUCCUACCAAGCAGACUCAGACCUUCACCACCUACUCUGACAACCAACCUGGUGUGCUCAUCCAGGUUUAUGAGGGUGAGCGUGCCAUGACGAAGGACAACAACCUGCUGGGCAAGUUUGAGCUGACAGGCAUCCCCCCGGCUCCCCGUGGUGUUCCCCAGAUCGAAGUGACAUUUGAUAUUGAUGCCAACGGCAUCAUGAAUGUCUCUGCUGUGGACAAGAGCACUGGCAAGGAGAACAAGAUCACCAUCACCAACGACAAGGGUCGCCUCAGCAAGGAGGACAUUGAGCGCAUGGUCCAGGAAGCCGAGAAGUACAAGGCUGAGGACGAUGUCCAGCGUGACAAGGUGUCUGCUAAGAACGGCCUGGAGUCAUAUGCUUUCAACAUGAAGUCAACUGUAGAGGAUGAAAAGCUUGCUGGCAAGAUCAGUGAGGACGACAAGCAGAAGAUUUUGGACAAGUGCAACGAGGUCAUCAGUUGGCUGGACAAGAACCAGACUGCCGAGAAGGAUGAGUACGAGCAUCAACAGAAGGAGCUGGAGAAGGUGUGCAACCCCAUCAUCACCAAGCUGUACCAGAGCGCUGGUGGCAUGCCAGGUGGUAUGCCAGAAGGCAUGCCUGGUGGCUUCCCAGGAGCUGGUGGUGCUGCUCCAGGUGGUGGAUCCUCCGGGCCAACCAUCGAGGAGGUCGACUAAAUAAUCAUCGCCUCAUCCGCUACUCCUGAGAUGUUUUCUAAGAAAGAAACCCUCUUACAGCACAUGUUACAACAAGCUUAAGAGUGUAAUUUAAAGAAGUAAAAACUGGGUUCAGGGAUCACACUUAUUGCAUGGUUUGCGACACAAGUGGGAACAACUUGUAGUUGAUCUGUUGGUUCACAUGUCUGGCUAAGUGUUUUGUAUACUGAGAUGUCACUGCCUGACAAUAAAUCUUGUUAACCCUG